AUGACAUGACAUGGGUAUUUGCAAUUGCAAAACCUAUUGCAUUGAUGUGACUACCAAUUGCAUAUUUCGAAGCUUACAAUAAAUGCAAUCGCAUAUGCAAGUUAAAAAGACCUAAAAAAUGGAGAUUAUCUGAGAGCUAAUAUUCACUUUCGCGCGGGCAUUGCCUAGCUGAAGGGACGAACAUCAACUCCAGGAUCUAAACUCUAACCGGCCACCGGUCUCCGCCACUACGCAUCUGCGGCUCCGAUGCCGACCAAAUGGGUUUUGCACUGGCAUCCCAACCCCGGAAGCACCGUCAACAGUCAAAUCUUGAACGAAGUGUCACAGUGCGCGGAAGCCAUCAAUGGCGUGAAAGACGGGAGGUGGAAAGCUACCCUAACGCUCUUGAAGCCCAAUUUGCGAGACCAGUCCCAACCCGGCGAAUAUCCUAGAGAGCUACUGGGGAUUUCGCUGCCGGAGCAGCCAAACAAGUACUAUUUCAUACUCAGGGGCCCAAGGAUUGUAACGGAGGCUGAUUCCUCGAUUCAGGUCAUAAUGGAGAAGCUGCAGUCUUACAAAUCCAGAAUCGCGCUUUACUUUGAGGGUUACCAGUACCAACUUGGGGAUUUUCAGUUGAGAGUGGGGAAAGUCGUCUCCAGCCACUCUGAAAACUUGAGAGGGAUAGUGUUGGAGGUGGAGUAUCUUCCGAUAUCUUCAAUGGAGAAAGCGAGUCAAGUAUUGGGCGAGUUUGUUGAUAUAUGGCAAGAAGCUGUCUUGAAGCGAUCACUGCCUGGGAGCUUUAUGCACAACGAGCCCAAUUUGUCAGAGUAUGGUUUGGGAGAUAACUACACACCACAACACACAGCGGUACAGUACGCUUAUGUGAUGGCUCAACUAUUUGCAUCACAGUCUACGCAAGCAGUGAGAAAUUAGGAGUCGACGAGAUAUAAAAUUCUAGCAGCACAAGUUGUAAUAGGUUGCCAGUCUUUUUUUCGGGCAGGAGCCUCGAGAUUGUCUUGUUACAUUAGGCCAUUGAACGUGGAUAAUGGUGCAUUGAGUCCGUCUGUAGCUUCACUGUUGGGGGCCUAUGAAUUCAUUCCUCCAAAUUGUUUGUUUUGAUGCACUCGUAACAAGAUAUACUUCGGCCAGACGAUGUUCUGAUGAUGCCUUUACAACUCCAUCAGAGAAUCCUGUGCAUUUCACUUUCUGGCGUAAUAAUCCGUGUGUUCUGUA